AUGGACUUCCUUUUGAGUCAAUCGCAUGGGCAUAGCUUUCAAGAAGUGGAGGGUUUAGAAACAUAUUAUUCCACUGACCGCUUCAAAACGUCUGACGACGAAACCACUUCGCAUUCAUCUCAAUCAAGUCUUUCUAUUGACGAUGAAAAUAUGCCUGAAAAUGUGAUUCUGCCGUACCAGUUCGAACCAGAGUUUUCUUCCAACGAAGGUGUAGAAGAAGGAGAAUUAGAAGAGGAGCAUCAACACGACGAUGAAAAUGCUCGUACCAGAAAUUCAGACUGGUGUACAUGUGGAAAUUGCCAAAUACUGAACAGAAAUGAGGAAUGUACGUGCUGUUUAGAGUUUCCUCAAAUGUGCGACAAAAACAGUCACGCAGUAGAGAUGGGGGAGGUUGCUGAAACCCCAGUUUGUAUAACUCAGCAUCCAGGUUUCCAAGCUGUUUUCCAAGCUGUUUGUCUCAACAGAUGGGUGCUGCAGACAGCCUGGUACCAAUAUAAGCAGCAAUAUUCUCAGUCCUAUGGAGGUCCCCAACAUAAACUUAACAGGCACAUAGCCUAUCGUCAACUUGUCAGAUGCUGCUGGGGUAUUCUUGGCAAAGAAAUGAGUCCCUUUGCCAUCAUGUGCAGUGUGUUGCAUUAGAGCACACUUUCCUCCACCAGAAUUUGAAGAUGACUUCCAGUUCGAGGGUUUUCAUUUUCCAGAUAAAUAAGAAAAAGCAGGUUCAUAUGGUGACAAAAAAAUUAUGCACCCUUUGUGCUUUGACUCUAUGUUUUAAAUUUGAUUUUUUUUGGUAAAAACCAAUAAUAUUAACCAUUAGGACAUCUACAGUCAUCCAAAGUCAUUGUUGUUUUGUAAACAAAUUAUAUAAUUUCUUAGGGAAAGUCCCACAAAGAAACAAAGAUUAAAAUACAUGUUCUACUGUUUGUAAAAACAGGAAAUGAUUUUCUGUCUUUUACCUCAUACACAAAUGCUAAUUGUUUUUUUGACUUUGCGGGGGGAUUGGUUUUAUUUUACAAAUAAAGAAGGCUAAGCCAUGUAUUACACUGUGAUAAAAGAUGACAGGCAUUUUAGAACACAAGGGAAAUGUAGAGAAUAUGAGCCGUAGGUGAAUAGUGUUUUCUACAUUUCUCGAGUGUUCAAAUGUCCGGAGUAUUUUAUCACAGUGUAACACAUGGCUUAGCCUUCUUUAUUUGCCUUAUGAUAUUGAGGUGAUGGGGCGAAAAACAAUAAAGCACACUUUUUCUAUGUUACUCAGAUAAAACUGGGUUUUUGACCAAUCAGAGCGUGCCCAGGGUCAUAUCUAUAUUAUGAUGGAUGAUAAAAUGUCAUGUCAAAACAAUCCAAAUCCCUUCAGUGCAGAGAUCACUGAUUCCCCUGGGAAACAAUAGCUGUAAUUAACGACUCUCAUUCAUUUGAGUUGUACUUGAUCACAGUUGCAUGCAAAUUAGUCCACAUUCGUGCAGCCAAAUUGUAGGGUUUUUAUCGGUUAAACCUGGUCCGGUGUUUAUGGAAAAGUUCUUGUUUUCUUGGAGGUGCACUCCCUGAGAUGUUUUUGGGGAGAUGGUGUGCUUCAGGUUCAAUUUCAACUUCACCGGUUUCACAGGCAUUGGUAACAGUGUCCAUCAAAACCAUAACAUGUGCAUAGGACUUUUUUUUUUCUUCUAUUGGCUUAGCCACCCACUGUGCCUUUGGGAAGCUAACCUUGCACCUGGCUUCACCAGCACGUGGCCCAGAUUGGAUGACUGCCUGCUUUCUUCCACAGUUUGCAUUGUGAUCGAGUGCUGUGAGUUGUGCGUGUGCCACCAUGCCUUUGUGUGAAAAAUGCUCACGCUUUGGACAGUACUUCAAAUAUUCAGAGUGAUACACCUCAAGCUCUCCAGUGUGGCAAAAUUCAGUCAGCUUCUCAAUGUCCUUGAACACCCCCUCCUCAAGGGCAACAUAGGCAGGUAUCAGGCUUCAGCUACUUCCUUUUCCUGAUCUGAGCACUGGUCAGUCUUGGAUGGCAACACUCAUGAAAGUGGGUGUAGCCAUUCCACUUGUGUUUGUUUGUCACAUGAAACAGGACUGCCACUUUUCUUUCAGCACUUCAGCAUUGCCAUCACAUGUUGCAGAACACCACCACAUGUGGUUCGACACUGAACGGAUCCAUGGAAGGAGAUCUUCACAUCCUU